UUGAACAAACGUCAUUACUAUGAAAGCGUGCAGCCCCUGGUUUUUCAGUUUUGCUUUUGCUAAUUGAAAUAAAAUCGUUUUUAAUUCUUUUUUCUAGUAGAUCUUGAUCAUUAAUGCAGUAUUAGGACCUUGAGCAGUACUUAAAAUGGAUGAACUGAGGGCAUUUUUUAAUAAUCCGUGCCCGUCCAGUGCACAAGUUACUAAACUUCGAAGCCCCAUGACCGGUGGUCUUAGGUUGACCAAAGAAGAUACUAUAAAUUUGCUGAAUCGACGCGAGGAGCACCGUCACUCCAUUGUCCCCAGUGGGACAGACUACGCCCGCGAGAUCAAGGAGCGGGAAACUAAUCUAUAUCUCAGGAAUGAAACUGAAAGAGAAAAAUGGGAGAGCAUCUCUGGAGGUUUGGAAUCUCUAGAGCAGCUGUCAUCUUGGGGCGUGUCAGUACAAAACCUGGGUGACCUAACAGAAGAGGCAAUGACAGAGGUGUAUAACAAAUAUUCAUUUCAGAUGAAGGAAGAUACAAAUAAUUUGGCUAUCAAUGAAUAUAAGCAACAGAUUUUAGAUCGCAUAUCUGGUUUCCCUGUAGUCAUCAUUGAGGGUCCAACAGGAUGUGGUAAGACUACCCAAGUUCCACAAUGGAUAUUGGAUAAUUGCUAUCAGAAUCGUAAACCGUGCAAGAUAGUAGUAACUCAGCCCAGACGUAUUGCAGCAAUAUCUAUUGCCAAGAGAGUUGCACAGGAACGGGGAUGGGAUGUGGGAGGGCUUGUAGGUUACCAGGUUGGACUGGAUAACAAAACUUCAACUGACACGAGAAUACAUUAUGUGACUACUGGAGUGCUAUUACAAAAAUUAGUUGCUUCCAAAACUAUGAAUGAAUACACUCAUGUAAUCCUUGAUGAAGUUCACGAAAGAGGUCAAGAAAUGGAUUUUCUUCUUCUUGUUGUCAAAAGGCUACUCUACACAGUAUCACCUGGGGUCAAAGUCAUCCUUAUGUCAGCUACUUUCAAUAGAAAAGUGUUUGCUGAUUAUUUCCAAAUACCCACACCUAAAGGCCUACAAAUAUCGUCAAGCAUUAAAGUAUUGAAAAACGAACAAAUGUUCACUGUGAAAACAUUUUACUUAAACCAUUUGAACAAGUUUGGAUCGAUUUUACAACAGUCUCAACCAAAUAGGCAGCAACCUGGCAUUGCUACAGAGAUGUAUCACCUUGUAAUAAAAUUGGUGAAUGCUUUUGAACACAUUGAUAAACAAGAGGACAGCUACGUGGACAGAUCAGAGGCUGAACUACCAUCAGUUCUCAUAUUUCUACCUGGUAUCAAUGAGAUUGAGGAGCUUUAUAACUGUUUAUUGGACAUUGAACUGAGGAAGAAAUUAGCAGAUGCUGAAUGUUCUAAAUACAACUGGCAAGUAUUGCCUUUGCACUCGACUAUCACAGCUGACGAGCAAGUGCGAGUGUUCCACAGAGCUCCACCUGGUUCUCGCAAGAUAAUACUAGCCACCAACAUAGCUGAAAGCUCCAUUACUGUGCCCGAUAUCAAGUAUGUUGUCGACUUCUGCCUGAUGAAGAUCCUAGUGGCGGACGACCACACGAACUUCACGUCGCUGCAGUUGGAAUGGGCUUCCAAAACCAACUGCGAGCAGAGAGCCGGGCGAGCAGGGCGAGUGCGGGACGGUCGCGUUUACAGACUUGUCACAGACAAGUUUUAUGAAUCAUUGCCGCAAGAGAGCUCUCCGGAAAUAGUCCGUUGUCCUCUGGAGCGGUUAGUUUUACUUGCUAAAAUGUUGGAUAUGGGACCUCCCAGUGACGUCCUAGCAUUAGCCAUGGAUCCACCGGACAUGGCCAAUAUACACCGUACUAUACUAGUGCUUAAAGAGAUGGGUGCAAUGAAGAAACAUUUGGACGGGGAAUGGUGUCCAUCUGAUGGUGAUCUGACGUAUCUCGGACGGGUCAUGGCCAAACUGCCAAUAGACGUGCGCGUCUCCAAAAUGAUUGUGCUCGGAUAUAUAUUCGGCUGUCUCGACGAAUGCGUUAUCAUGGCGGCUGCAAUGUCUGUCAAGAAUCUAUUCAACAGUCCAUUCCGUGAAAGGCUCAAUGCUUACAAUUCAAAACUCACUUGGGCUGAUGGAUCAACAAGCGAUUGUAUCGCGUUCUUGAAUGUUUACAAGGUGUGGAACCAUUUACGUCAGCAGCAGUACUUCAAGCAGCAGGGCAACAACGAAUUUCAAUGGGCCCGUAGGUUCUACGUGCAAGUCCGUGCCCUUCGAGACUUGGACGAUCUGGUUCGAGAGUUGCGCAUACGAUUGUCUCGAGAAGGCAUAGAAUCGUUUAAGGGACGCUCGCCUUGGGACAGGCACGAGCUUUCCUUAGCGCUCAAGGUGAUAAUAGCGGGCGCGUUCUAUCCUCAAUACUUCGUGCAAGCGACGCAAGACGAAGCUCGCGAGCGUGAAGCUGUACGCACGCUCGGUGGUCUUGAUCCGAGGAAUACGGUGUAUCUCCGCAAUUUUCCGGACCAACAGCCGGGCGAAGUGUACGCGGCUGCCAUUAGGAACAUUGUUCGUCAACACGUUGGCGACGAACCACGCGUCACUUUCGACAAAAACAGCCGAAAAGUCUAUUUGACGUUUAGAGAAAGCCAACUCUUCAGACGCGACAAAAACAACAGUGGUGAUCCCACUAUCCCCGGUCAAGUGGUGCUCCCAGUGUACAAAGCUGUUAAGGCCCGACAGCUCAAAAUGGACAUCAGAAUCCCAUUAUUGCCGGUGGAGAAAGCUAAUGCUUUGGCGGCUUUGCUUGCCACGAGCAAAUCAGAAUUGGACAUCGCAAGUAUGGUGCCGCGGCUUCCUGAUGUAGACGAUACUCACUUCCCCCUCAGGAUAUCAUAUAGAAUCAGCGUAAGCAGUUUCUGGGUGCAAUACGACGACGAGUCCACCGCCAGCGAUCUAAUGGAGAUACAGAUGGCGUUAAGCAGAGUGGGUUUGAUCGCUCACACGGGGCCCGUGCAGCCGGGCGAUAUGUAUGCAGCGCCCCAUACAGACGCGAGACAAACUAAACCUUAUAGGGUGCGCGUACAACGGGUCCUGCCCAGAGAUAUGGUAGAGGUGCUGUACGUAGACUACGGUUUCUACGGUCGCGUGAACGUGUGCAACCUGCACUCGAUGCCGACGGGCAUAUGCCGCGUGUUGCCGCCGCUCGCGAUGCAAUGCCUGCUGGCGGAGGUGGCGCCGUCGCCGUUGCUCGACGCGCACGCGCAAUGGACGCGCCACGCGGAGAACUACUUCACUGAGAUCACGAAGCACGGACGGCUGCUUGGCAAGGUAUACUCAGUGAACCAUGGGGUGGUAUCCAUUGAGCUUCUGGCUGAUGGAGGCAAGCUGAGCAUCAAUAAAGAAUUGAUAAAGCGAGGAUACGCCGUGCCCUGCGAGGAGAGCUAUGACUCCAAGAUGAAUCACGACCUUCGGCAGCAAGCCACAGAUUUGAAUAUGGCCCAGAAGCGGGCAUACAACAAGGAACAAACCGAGCAAGCGUUCUUCCAACUGCGAGAACUGGAGCCACCCAACGCUAAAGAUUGCAUCACCGACGUCAUCUUGAAGGGACCUUACAGUCCACUAGAAACUGUCCUCCAUAACCUGAUGUACGCCAGUCGCGAGAAGCAAGUCACAAUUGAAUGGCACUCUGUCAACUCCGUCCUUUUGGACACUGAACCACAAGAGGUCUACGAAAGGUUGGUAGUGGCAUCGGACGUUGGGCAGAACGAAGCGAGCAGUAAACUGACUCUGCGGCAUACUACGCUCAUGCCCAACAUUCCCGGCCUGCCUGCGAUCAUCGCCCUGCUAUUUUGUCCAGUAGCGGAGUUACGUCGCGACGUGUGCGGCACCCGCUACGUGAGCACACUGUGCGGUCUGGGCAGUACGGACGAUGGCUCCCCCUACUUCCCAGAGCACGACCUGCUGGUCAGCAUCGACGCGGAGCUGAACGUAGAGGAUAUCGGCCUGAUUAACCACAUUCGCCACCUGAUGGACUACAUGAUGAAUUGUAGCGAAGGACAAGAUAUACCCACCGCUGACGACGAGGCGCGCCCACAAGUGCCCGCCGCUAUCAAAAAGGAUUUGAUGACCCUAUUGAUGAAGCGUCGUAAACAUCGCGAACCUCAGACCGUAAUAAACGCGUGGGAAUGGAAAUCCGUGCCCGAGGACGAAUUGCUCGAGAUCUCUGUACCGGAUAUGGUGGAUCGUGCGGAAGUGUUCCCGUUACAUACGCCCCAAGAGUUACACCCCAUACCGAUGGAGACACUGAUGCAGCUGAAACGGGACAAUGAUCAUCUUGCCAUUCUGGUCAGCAGAACGUGUAUAUCGUCGAGUCAAGAGCUCCAGUGCAAACUUUGCAACACUGGAAUGAUGCCGGUGCACGCAAUGCGAAUCCAUCUUUACUCCAAUUCGCAUAAAGAAAAGGAGGAUGAUCUACGCAUGUUCCAAUCGUGAAUCACUGCACAUGUCCUUCUAACCCCGCCUUUACACCAAGGUAUAAUAUGUACAUGUAUUUAAAAAAAACAACAAUGUCUUAAUUUCUUUUGUCACUUCUUUACAUGUAUAAAACAUGUAGUAAACAAUUCUUGUAUGAAACUUGUUGGAUUAACAAAAUAUGUUAAGUAAAUAAGUGAUUUAUUCUUGUCAGACUACUAGUUUUCUAUGCAGUGAUAACGAACUAAUGUUUUUAACAGCCACAACAAGCAUUCUACAAGUUUUGGUUUAAAACUAGUUUAGGACUUGUUUCUUGGUGGAAACGAGGGGUUAGUAUUGAUUGUUAACGUUAGAAAACGCUAUACAAUAUAAUUAAAGUGCGAAAAGGAUCUUAUGAAUUUAGCGGAAAUUGGAACUAACGCCGCCGAUUUUGUAAACGUCAUAUUUUAUGUGUCAUUUACGUAGACAGCAGCGCCCUCCCUGAACUGUCCCUGUCUGUCACAUUCAUUAAGAUCCUUGUCGCACCGUAAUGUUGAUCUAUGGAAAUCUUUCGGAUUCUUUAAUAAAUUAAUCAAUUAGUGAUACUGAGAAGCCAGUACUCUUUAUUUUCAUUAUGAUUUCUAUGCAGGUUUUUGUUGUUGUCUUUUUUUGAGUCUAUGUAAACGAUCGCUAAUUAUCGCGAGUAUUCCAUGACUAGUUAAUGUACCAUGUAAGCAAAGUGUCAAUUUAUUAGUUACGAGACUAGUUAAGCGUAUUUGUUAUACGUAUUUUUUUUACUUUUUGUCUUAAUUUUUAUGUUUAUCUUAAUUUAGUAUGACCGCUUAGCACCAAAUUUAACCUAUAAAGUGACACUGAGAAUUAUUUAAAUUUUUUUGAGAAUAAGGCGUCAAGAAUUUACUUAUAUUGAUUAGUAUCGAAGAAUUUCUCUAGAAAUUCUUUAAUAUUUUUGUGAUCUAGAUGUAAGUUAAGGUAAGUAUGUACAUCUGUUGAGUGUGCACCCGAUUACAGAUUAAAAGCCGCAGGCUUACCAUUUUCGUUGAGUGUACUUUAUAUAUGUUAUGAUGAUAAAAUAUUUAGGAAGACAAAGUAUUAUUAAAGAAGUACCUAAUACCUAUCAGACUGUUAAUUAAAUCUUUAAUUUGUUACUUAGUUAUUUUAGUGUAUUCAUACAAGAUAACGAUUUAGUAAUAGUUUUAAGUAAAAAUUAAAUAGGUAUAAGGUCUGAUCUGAUUAUUGUUAUAUUUUGUAAUAAAUCCAUAUAUAAAACUAAAUUAUUUUCUUUCUAUUAACUUAAUCUUAAACACAAUUUAGGUAAUUUCAGAGUGAAAUAAGGUCCCGCGGUGCGUGCUUCGAGCAUUUCAAGCGAUACUAGUCAAAGUAUGCAGAUAAACUUUCAAAAUUAUUUCACACUGAAAGUGCUCGCCUUGCGUCUCUGCCGGCCGCUGCUAUUACGGUUUGAAUCCGUCCUUACAGUUCGC